GAUGGGUGGGUGCUGUCCUUUAGUAUCCUUUGGGCUCUGCGUAUGCACCUCACCAGACCCCUCCAGAGGGGGUGCCAUGGGUGCUUGAGCACCUGUCCUUUUGUCCUUUGUUUAUUUAUUUUUAAAUUUGAAAACAUGAUGACCUUUUACCUGAUGACCCCAUCCAUGACAAGCCCUGCCGUUCAGACCAGACACCUUUAGUGAUUCAGCAGCUCUGCCUACAGGACACCUGCGAUUCCGCCGCUGAACAGGUGAGAUAACAUGGAAAAACAACUACAGUUCCAGCAUGGCUAAUGAGAAAACUCAAUCUGGUGAUGAGGACCAGGGGAUACAAUCAAAAGCUCCAGGGCAAGCAAACUCCCAGUGAAACGAUGCCCAAGAAGGAUCAUGAGAGGGACCUGGAGCUGGACAAAAAGAUCGAGGCUCUCCGCAGGAAGAAUGAAAUGCUCAUGAAGAGGUACAAGGAGGUGGAGGAGGACAGGAAAAGGGCAGAAGAGGAAGGAAUGGCGCUACAAAGCCGCAAGGGCAAAGCUGAGGAUCUUACCAUCACAAUCAGCAAGUCUACCAGUGAUAACCGCGUGGUGGUGACAAAGCCAUUAAGCAGUAGUUCACCAGCUGGGAAAGGACAGCAGGAACCCGGCCCUGACCGAGGGCAAGAAAGUCCUCUGCAGGGUGCUGGCCGAGGCCACAGGAAGCAGCUAAUGGUCACCAUGGCUGGCAAAAAGGGUAAGAGGUUGGUGAGUGAGAGGCCAGAGAAGAGGCUGGGCCCUGCCGAUGUCAAGAACUCUACAGAAGACUGUCAGGCAAGGCAUGGGGAGUCAGCGGGGAGGGGGAAGCAGCCACAUCACAUGACCAGGAGAGACGCAGUGGCACAGGAUGAGGAUAAACAAGGGCAGAGGCACACUGAGGAGCAUCACAGGCUUUCAGAGCCCUGCCAGCCUGACAGCCCGCAGGCCAGCACAGACCUCACAAUCCCCACAUCAAAAGAGGAGCAGGGGGAGUAUCUGCGGUGGAAGAAGGAGCGCGAGCAGAUCGACAGGGAGAGAGUGGCACGCCACAAAAACGCCAAGGGCCAGUGGAGACGGGCGUGGGACAUGGACAAAACUGAGAACAUGUUUUCAGACAAAUCCCUCCCUGACAGAGAUUGGGGGUCUUCCAGCAGAGGUGGACGAAAUGCUAGAAGAGGACAAUCCAGAGCUGGGUCUGACCCAAGAGGUCAUGAGAAGAGAGGCAAAGACAAGGGAAAUAAAAACGUGCAAGUGAUGAGCAGUAAAGCAAAAGGCAUAGAUCGUCUGACUGGGAGAGCCAGGAGAUGGCAGGCAACUGAAGAAGGAGAGAACCUACAGACUUCUGACACAUUAGAGGAAUUCUUGGAGGAACUCGACGCCCUCACAGAUGCUGAGGUAGAAGAUCAGAAGGAUCAGGAGUCCAAAAUUGAGCUGUCGCCCAGCCCCAAUUCACUGAGUACGUCUGAGGAAGUGAGUGGAUCCACGGCUCCUGAGUCAGCUACUCCCCUGAGAGAGCACGCCCCCACUCAGGGCAAGGCAGAGGCCUCGUCCCCUCGGGGUUCGGAGAAGAAAGUGCGCUUCUCAGAGGAACUCGUCCAGGGUACAAGGCAAACCACAGGCUCUCAGGACUCUGCCUCCACAGAAGCAAGAAGUCUGAGUACCUUAAAAGCUUCCUCACCUAAACCCCCCCCACACGAAGUGCAGGGGUCACAGCAGCCUCUUGAAAGUGCCAACCAGGAUGAUGGUUUUCCUCAGGAUCAGGGAGGUGGUCCCUCUGCUCCUCCUGUUGCCCAGCAGCAGGCAUCUGAAACUGAAUGUACUAAAAAAGACAGCAUCCCCCCCACCGCUCCCAGCUCCCCCUCGCCUGAAAAAGCCUGUGCCUCUCUACAGGAGAGCUCUGUCCAGCUUGUAGAGCUUGCCAAGUGCAACAUCAGCAACACAAACACAGAGGAACUAAUAGACUCCGGUCUGUCUGUCCUGAGCCUGGAAUCAGGAGAAACGAACCCAGCACUCUCCACCAGCAGUGACAAGGCAAGAGAGCAUGGGAAGAUUGUUUGAUUGACAUUUCCGGGAUGUAAAAAUACCGAACCAAAUGACAGCAGCACAAAGCCUUGCGUCUUUGUAUGUGGAUGCAUCAUUUUGCUUCAGGUAGCUCCUUUGAGAUACCCCGUUUAUGGUUUACACACAAAAUCAUGGUUUCAUUUUGCUGUGGCAUGUCCCAACUGUGGAAAUUUUGAAAUAUUUAAAAUUCGACGUAGGAAUGGUGAAUGAUUUUCCUUCCUCAAAUCAUUUUUACAUCCAAGCACUUUAUGAGUAUAAAGGUUUGUGCACUGACACAUUGUCCAGUAUGUUAGUAUGCUGCUUGAGUGCAAUAUCGUUGAAUGUUUACAUUUGUAUGAAAAGGUACAUAUCAGGAGGCUAGCUAAUCAGUUACACUUAGGUAGCCCUUGAAAGUUAACUUCAGCAACAGUAAAAUGAUCUAGUGCCUGGUUCUGCCUUAGAGGUAUUUUCAAUGAAUGAAAUAAAGUCUGUAUUAUAUGAUGAUUCAGUAGUGACAGACCUACAGUAGAGUCUGUAUUUCUACACUGUGUGAGUAGAUAUUAUUUAUUUACUGCUUCCAGCAUCAGCCAAUGGCCUUUCAUGAAUCAGAAAUCAAUACCUGAUUAAAGGGCACAUUUGAGAUGUAUUGCCUUAUUGGCCACUGACCAACACAUUGUUAAGUUUAUGAAAUAUUACUACUGACAUAAUUGUUUUUAUUAAGAACAUGUAAAGGGGCACUUGAGUCUGACAUAGUAAACCCCGUGAUGUCAUAGUGAUGUCAUCAAGGUUAACUCAAUUUGGAAAUCACAAACUUAUAACAGAAAGCCUAUGUUACAAACUGGGGGUAUAUUGUUUGUCACGCAGAGAUGAUCUAACAAAGAAAUUAUAUCAAGUUGCAUUAUGGGAAAUGUAGUAUCCAGUGUUUUGGAGCUUGAUCCAUACUAAGGACAGGAUAAUGAGGCAGGAUAUCUCCGCAUCUGCUACAUAGAUUUAGACUAUUAUUUUUUUAAUCUGUCCCUCCAAAGUCCCUGAACUUUCUGAAAGUACAGAGCUAUAUCGGUUGAGUUCCCCUGUUAAUGUUAAACUGACAGCCAGCUAAGAGCAAAAUCCAUAUUACUGGCAUCUGUAAAUAUGUAAUUGUUUAAAAAGAAUCAUAUUCUUACUAAAACUAAAAAAAAAUCUCAAAUGUGCCAUUUAACACAUUGUUAUUGUGUUGGCACUGUUUCACAGGUGAAACCCCACCAUCUGGUCUUCCUCAGACCCUUACUAAACUUUAAGGAUUUAAUAUGGAAUUGUAAGGUAUGUCUGUAAUCUUUCAAAUUUAAACAAUGACAUCAGAGACAUGAAAGGUUUAUGAAGUUUUGUGAAUCAGAAACUUAAAUUGGGAACUAGAACAUUAUUAAUAGUUUCCUCAUGCUGUUUUUUUCCACCAGAGAUAAGGAGUCCCAGUUCAGUCUCCAACUUUUUUCUCUGUUGGGGCUUUUAGCCCCAGUGCGACCGGCAGAUGGUGAAAAUAAAUAAUCCAUGUCCGUGAGGGGACAGUUUUUAGUCCACAGUAACACUGGGAUUCAGCUGUAAUUCAUAGUUUUUUUUUGUCAUUUGUUCUCUUUUCUAAUCAUGAAAGACAACUAAUAUUUUCAGCCAGCUGUUGUGCCUUGCAUAUUGGCUUCUUCAAAUACUGAAGGUGUACUUUUAUGUAAUGGAUUGUAUCGUAACAUACAGUAGUAUUAAAUGUACUGUACUAACAGUGCAGCAUCAGUAUUAAUUUUAUUUAUUGACUCCUCCAUUUGGACGACAGAAUGUUAACUAGAAUUAUUUUGCAAAUCUAAACCUGUUUCAAAAACAAUGUCUAUGUGCAUUAUAGUAGCUGUUUUUUCCUCUGUGACAUGUAUGGAUUUGUUUUUUUUUGCAUUACUUUCUUUUUGGUAUGACGUGACAACUAUAAUAACAAGCCUUACAAGAACCCUGUCCUCAAAGAAGUUUUGGCUUUUGUCAGUGCUACAGUAUAGUAAACAGUUAUGUAACCUUAAGUAGAGAACAUAGAGGUCAUGCUUUGUGCUGCAGGGCCCCUGGUUACAUAAAAUACAAAUCAUCAGGAAUCUCGUAGAAGCACACUGGGAAAACCAAGAAGCAAUAACAAGGUUUGAGGCCAGUCCAACCAUUAACAGAGAAAAUGUGCUGUUUUUGAAUAGGGUCUUUACUCUGUGUUAUAUGUGAAAUUGGGGUGGAUUGAAAAGGAAACAGUUGUUUGAAAAAGCAGGUCAUACAGAUUACCUCUGAAAUAUUACAAAUUCCCUGUGAGAUUCAAUUUAGUGAAAUGAAAUUUAGGACCUGUAAACAUAGAGCUUUUGCACAUUUGUCCUUGUUUGGCAGUUGUUCAUUUAGUAAUCAGACAUCUGUAUUCCCAUCUUAAUUGUAAAAUUUAGAGGUGGUGAUUGUCUUGCUCCUCUUGGGUGUCCACUGCUGUCCUCCAUGUUUUCACAUAAACUCAUAAGGAAGGAUUUAUUGUGAGUGCCUGUGUAUGAGUGUGUGUGUGUGUGUGUGUGUGUGUGUGUGUGUGUGUGUGUGUGUGUGUCAAGGUGUGAUCCCAGGUUUUUACUGUUCGAAGUGCUCAUGCUUAUUUAAAUCUGUGUGCAACAUAGCUUCAUUCACUGUAGUGCACUUUGGAAGGAAUCAUACCGAACGUCAAUAAAGAUUUCUUUUCUGUAUUUCAAACUCAA